AUGUCAACUCAAGCACCGAUCUGUGUAGUUGCCGGUGUAGGGAACGGCUCCGGCACUGGUGCGGCUGCCGCCCGCGCAUUCGCAAAAAAGGGCUAUUCAGUUGCGUUGAUUGCUCGCAACCCUGAGCACUUGAAGAGCAUUGCUGACGAAAUGCGUGCCAACGGGAGUGAUGCUACAGGGUUUCCAGUGACGAGCUACACUUAUGAGAAUAUCCAUGGGGUUUUUGACGAAAUCAAAAAACACUGGCCGAAUAGAGAGAUACGCGUGGCCGUUUGGAACGUUGCCCACAACGUCAGACGCCCCUUUCUUGAAAUCACAGAACAAAUAGUGCAAGACAGCGUUCAGACCAAUAUUGUCGCCGCUUUUGCAUUUGCAAGAGAGUCUAUUCUUGCAUUCAAAGACCUCGAACUGAACAAGCACGGCAAACGAGGCGCGCUCAUCUUCACAUCUGCAACCGCAGCUUGGCGUGGUAAUACGACGACGUCAGCGUUCUCCGCAGGGAAGCACGGUGAACGCGCACUAGCUCAGUCGCUGAACAAGGAAUUUGGACCUCAAAACAUCCACGUUUCAAAUGUAAUUAUUGACGGUCCGAUUCUAAAUGGUCGUUUGGAAAAAUUGACGACUGACAAGUCGCUCCUGGCGAAUGAGGACUUGCGUUUGGAUCCUACGAGCAUUGCGGCAAGCUAUGUGUAUCUUGCCCAUCAAGACAGGACUGCAUGGACUUUUGAACUUGACCUUCGUCCCGCACAUGAGAAGUGGUAA